AUGGAGCUGUACAUCCCCCCACCGACAAACUUCUUCCGAGUCCUCCCACCCAAACCUGUCGUCCCUGCCGUCCCCAUCGUUCCCAUCCCUGAUCUUCCUGACAAACUCCAUGCUCCAGAAGGAACAUACAAGCUCAACCCUCCCGAGGGAUUCUCAAACAUUGGUAGUCCUGCUCAUCCGACUGCAGCAGAGCUAGCAAGACAGCAGCAAAGUACCAGUACCUUCUUAGCUGGUGCCAGUGGAUUUAUGGUCGCUGGACCGGGAAUGAUGCCAGGUCAAAUGCCUGGUGGACCCCCAGCAUCUACAGCAAUGUCUUAUGGAUCCUCCAUUGUGAAUGGUCAAGCUCAACCUCCUCAACCUGUGAAGAUGACAUUCGUCAACAUUUGGUAUCCACCUAAACAACCUAAUGAUCAAAGAUCUUUCGGUGGUCUAUUGGGUAAUAAGCAACAGCAAAAUACACCUUUGGUAGGAGUUGAUAGUCAACCGCCAAAAGAAGAGAAUUAUCAAUACGAACCGUCUCUAUAUUCGGAUGAUGGCGAAGGUAAUGAGAAUGCUUCUCAACCUUCUUCAGAGCCUCCUCCCUUAGAGAUGAACAUUCCUGGUAAUAGUACGAGUACGGGAAAGAGAAUCCCAUUCACGAAGAAUCAACAAUCUACAAAUAACGUUAUACCCCGUCCCAAAAAUAAUCUACGAUCGUCUUCGUCGACGUUCGUCACUCGUGUUCAGAUGCAGGAGAACCUGUUGAAGAAUCUAGGAGAGAAGGGGAGAAGUGGUGUAGGAGAGAUGGCAAGGUAUGGAUUUUGGAACUUGGGGAGAACUUUUGCUUGGGGUGAGGAAAAUCCAAAGACUAAAGAACCUCUCACUCGAAUCACGUUCAGCCAAGUACCAACCUGUCAUGCAGUCAACAUGCACACCCUCGGUCCAGAUAGAAUGGACGUUGUAAUAGGUUUCACAUCUGGUGAUUUGCUUUGGGUAGAUUUUACAAUUGGUAAAUAUUCAAGGUUGAAUAAGGGGGGCCUUCUCAACAACACUGCCGUCGUAGGAGUUCAUUUCGAUCCUCGACAACCCCACCAUUUCAUCGCUCAUUUUGCCGAUUCGACUAUAAUGCGAUUCCACCUCUUCGCUGACGAUCCUCCUACAUCCAUCAUGGCGUUCGUACUACCUUGGACAAAAUAUUUCGAUUCGGUAGCUCCAACUUCGUCAGAAAAAGAGAAAGAAAGAAAGAAUUCCGGAUCUUUACCAGAUGCUACGCCUAUCGGUGCGGUGGAUAAUGAAUGGGAAGAAGGUUUGAUCAAAUGGAAGAACGAAGAAUGGAAUUUGCUCAAUAACCCAAAUGUAAAUACCAAAAAGGAUAAAGAUGUUAAUCCGUGGGCGGGUAAAAAUCCAAUUGCAGCUUAUAAGAUUGAGAAAGUUAAAAUAUCAGCAAUGGCUUACUCGCCCGACGGACGGUUCUUGGCUAUUGCUGCUGAAGAUGGGAAUUUGAGAAUGGUUGAUGUCGCCGAAGAGCAGCUGACGGAUACUUUUGCUGGAUAUUUCGGAUCUUUGAACUGCAUCGCUUGGUCACCUGAUUCCCGAUUCGUAGCAGUAGGAGGACAAGACGAUCUCAUAACCAUCUUCUCAGCGAGGGAAUCACGUAUCGUAGCUAGAUGUCAGGGACAUUCUGCAUUCGUCAUGUCGAUAGCAUUCGACCAGUCAAGAGGAGAAGCUAGAGCAUAUAGAUUUGCAAGUGUAGGUGAAGAUGCCAAGUUGAUCCUUUGGGACUUCUCCGCUGCUGCAUUGCAUAGACCAAGACAUCAUCAUCCCACAUCGUCUCAUCACAGAUUAGGUGCAGGAGGAAGUUCCUUAUCUCUGUCCGCUCAGCAUUCGAAAUCGCAUUUACCACUAUAUGUCAAGUCAAGUAUAUUCCAUCCUGCUCCACCUAGGAGUGAAGUAGCGCUUUUACAACCUGUCAUGGCAAGAGUCGUAGAAGGUAAUUUACUUACGGGGGUACAUAUGACUCAAACUUCUAUUGUGACCGUCUCAAGAGCGGCGCAAGUGAAAUUCUGGACUAGACCACCAAGAACCAACACCCACCACCAUGGCCAUAACACCAAACAACGUACGGCUAGUAAAGGUGCGGCGUCUUCGAAUGGUAGAAGAGAUAGAGAGAUGAGUACACCAGCGUAA